UUGAAACGGAAAAUAGAUGUCCUGUAUUUCUUUACAAUGAAUAACUAUAACAUUCAUCGAGAAAUGCAAAGAUCUCCAGCAAAGACUAGUCUUAUAGGAAUGAUACGAACUAGAAAGUUGGCUAUCAAAUUGAAACGUCGAGCACAGUUUCUUGUUGCUCAUAAAAAUCGUCGUGAAAACUUUGGUACUACGGCAAUAAUUCAUCAUGAUAUUCCUCAACAAAGUUAUUUUCAUAGAAAUAUCUUCGGUAUAAAUAAUGAAAGAUAUAAUCUUACCUCAGGCGACGGAAAAACAACAGCAAGCAGAGAAGUUCCUUCAACACAAAAGCAUGAUAGAAGAAUUCGACAAGUUGGGAAGUUUAUAACGAGACCAGAGAACAUUUUUCCUGUCAUAAUGGCUGAGUUAAAGAUCAGUGAAAUAUUGGAGCGUCGAUUGAAAAACACCAAAUACUCUUCAACGUUUGGAAAGGAAAUAAGCAAAAGUUUGUCCAAUGAAAUAAAGAGAGAAGUGAAAACAUGUUAUGAUCUUCAGAGAUUCAAGUUGAUUUGUAUUGUUAACUUGGGAGAGAUUAAAUUUUCAAUCUUAGGAAAUGCUAUGUUUGGCAGUCGUUGUCUUUGGAAUACAAUCACCGAUAAUUUUGCUUCAUCUUCCUAUCAAAACGCUGAAUUGUUUGCUGUUGCUACGAUAUAUGCACUUUAUCAAGAGUAAUUUCUCAUAAACGACUCACUAAGAAAUGUUGGAGGACUUAAAAUCUAAAAAUUUUAUACAUGUUCGCUGCCUGUUGCUACCUCAUAUUUCAAUAUUUUCUUUUUUUCAACAAUGAAGACUGUACGUGAAGGACAACAAUGAAAAAUUUUUAUAGUAAGACAUAAACUUAGCUUAGCUGUUGCCUAGCAACGCGUUUGAAACACAAUUAUACGCAUGCGCAGUUAUUUCUUCUCACUCCAGAAUAACCACGGACCCAUUUCUUCAUUUGCAGUUGACAUGAGAAGAAAGAGCAAACCAACCAUUACCAGAUUUCUAAAAACAAAUAUUUCGCAAUGAUAAUACAUAUUUCAAUGUAAAUGUCAUCUUUCAACAUUGUUAACUUACAUUACUCAGCAAAGAUUUACGAGAUAUAUCUGUUGUUUUGGUGCAACUUCUACAAAAUUAUAUAAUUCAUGAUAGUAACUUUAAUAGAACAACGACAUAAUGAAAUAUACAUACAACAUAGUGUUAAAUAUAUAUAGUGCCGUAAAUAAAGUUAAAACAAUUGAAUGAAAAAA